AUGCCACUCAAGGUAUUUGAUGUCUCUAAUCUGAAUUCAAUAACAGCAGAUGAGCUUACUCCCGAGGCUUUCGCUCCAUAUGGUGGCGUUAUAAGUGCAGAUCAUCAAUUAAAGAUCGUGAAAAGUUCAGCAGCUAACUAUGGCACAGCGGUCAAAGUUCACAAAGUCGCUCCCAUAAUUAAUAAUUACGAUAAAUGUGCAAGUGGAAAAAGUGCUACUGCCAAUUGGAAUAUUUUCAGAUGUAAGGCACCUAAGCAUUUAAUUGCCAAUGACAUUGGAGGUAAGAUAUACACUUCAAAGGUUCUUGAGAGACAUCCAUUUUCAACACAAGCGUUCGUGCCGAUGGGACAAGAGUCCAAGAAGAGAUCUUACUUGGUAAUCGUUGCUAGAACAGAUGAAACUACGAAAGAUAAGUUACCUGACCCAAAGAGCUUGAAAGCAUUUGUAUGCAAAGGCAAUCAAUCGAUCACUUACGGAGCUGGAACUUGGCAUGCUCCGAUGAUUGUAAUCGAUGAAGAUGUUCCACAUAUUGACUUCGCUGUCUUGAUUCAUGAAAAUGGGGUGGAGGAAGAAGACUGUCAAGAAUGCUACUUUGAGCCUGGCUUCCAAGUCAAAUACACUUUGAGGGAUGCCAAAUUAUAA